UUUACAUGUUAAAAAGUUGGCCAAAAUCGCAUUCUUGUAUCUCUCUCCCUUUUCUUCCCCAAAUUUGAUCCUAAGAUGAUUCGAACCCGGAUGGUAUGGUUCACCUCCGGAUUCCUUGUCAAUGGAGGUGCCAUUGCUUACUUCCUUCAUCGAGACCUCUCCAAAGAUCGUUACCUCCUUGUCCAUCAAUUGAAGGACAAUUUCGGCGCACUGGAAGCUAGGGUUACCAAUCUUGAAUCUGUUUCUCAUAAUUCAAUUGUUCAGAUGCACGUCUUUUGCAGGAUGAAGGCAGUUCGAGCUGAAAUGUAAGGAGGUUUUACAGCGUUUAUACAUUAUUGUACCGGAGUUAACAGAAAAUAAUGCUGUUCAUUGUAAUCCCUCAGAUUGAAUAUUGCUAUUGAGAAAGUUUUCAUAUGAUUGAUCUACAAGGCACAAUCUGUUAGUUUAUAUCAGUGUCUACUCUUACUCUUUUUUUGUUCUUGUAUACCUUCAAGUAUGAUAAGUGACUCCCAUGAUUGAGUUGAGGAAUAGCACUGUUUUCUUAUUCUGUCCUUGAAUAUAAUCUUCUUAUUUCUUAUUCU